CCAAAAGUCAAGAGCAAUAUAAAACCAGCCCAGCCCAGUCUAGCCACGAACCCGACAACCAUGGGCUCGAGCUCGUCUAAGCCGGAGGCGAGCCAAUCCUCACAUGUGUGGAAGGCAUCCUCCCCCAUAGGCGUCUCCAACGACAUCGUCGAAUCCCUCCAGUCCAGCAGCGAGACAGACACCUCCCGCGCCCAGAGUCUCGAACUCGCCGUACAAGCGCGCGUAGCCUCCGAACUACGAAAGCUCGAAGCCCAAGAAAGCGCGCUUCUCAAAGCGGCGCAAGAAAAGAUCGCCGACAUCGUCCCGAAUCCCAAGGACGAGGCCGCGAACCAGAGAAGCAGACAGGCUGUGUCGAAAGAGGUCGAGGCGCUGCGGGCCCGUCUCGAUAAGCGGAAACAGCUGCGGCCGAUACCUGAGACCGUGGAGGUGGCGCGCACUGAGGUUGUCAAGUGUCUGAUGGAGAACGACAGGCGUCCACUGGACUGUUGGAAAGAAGUCGAGGCCUUCAAGGAGGAGGUCAGGAGAUUGGAGAAGGGGUGGAUUGACAAGGUCGUUUCGUGAGCGUGAGCGUGAGCGUUAUUCGUCCUAGUGCCGAUACGAUACCUACGAUUCAAAGCACCCAUGUUUAUAAGCAUGAAGAGAGGAGAGGGCUGGAUUACCUAGAGAAAAAAAUAGGCAGGCAAGCUUCUAGAGAGUAGGUAGAUACUCUGUUGUAACAAUACUCGACACUACACUACGGCAUAGCAUUAAAGGAGCGCUCGGGAUAAAGAGCUGUAUAGAUGAUGGAUGAACACCCAAUUCUGUA